UCCUACAGGUCACAUUUUCACUACACAGUUUGGAAGAAAUGGCGGACAUGGAUGAAUUGUUCGGGAGUGAUGGGGACAGCGACAAUGAGCAGCGAGAGUCUGGUUCUGGCUCUGGCUCAGACUCCGAGCAGGAGAGACCCCGAUCUGCCAGCAACGCCUCGGGCAGCGGCAGCGACAGCGAGAGGGGACAGAAUGAUGACGAUGAAGAGGAAAGCCAGGAGGCAGGAAAACCCAGCAUCAAUAAGGAGCUGUUUGGCGACGACAGUGAGGACGAACAACACAGUCAACACAGCGGCAGCGACAACCAGUCGGAACGGUCGGCCAACCAGUCGGCGGCCAGCAUGCACUCCGAGCCGGCGGACCGCGACCACUCCGACGGCGAGCAGCACAGCGGCUCGGAGCGUGGCCGCCUGGACGAGGACGACGAGGACGGGGGCCGCCGGUCGGGUGCAGGAAGCCCCGCCGGCAGCGGGAUGUCUGCAGAGGGGAGCCCUCGCUCUGAGAUGGGCAGCGCGCAUUCAGAAAGAAGUGUGCACAGUGAGCCUGGGACUCCGCAGUCAGGGGCCGCCACCCCUCUGUCUGACGGGGAAGCCUCCGGCAGGGAGAACCAGUCUGAUGAUGAGAAGUGGGGAGGAGGGACUAAGAGCGACCAGUCGGAGGAUGAGGAGGAGAAACGCCGUUACUCUGACGAAGAGAGGGAGAACUCUGACGACGAGGGGCCGAGGAACCGGAAGUCAGAAUCGGCAAAGGGCAGUGAUAGUGAAGAUGAUUUCUUAAGACAGAAAACCAAAACGAAAGCCUCUUACGAUUCAGAUUCGGACAGCGAUGUCGGGUCAAAGAAAGUAAAGAAGACGGCAGCAGACGACCUGUUUGGAGAGGCCGACGACAUCUCCUCAGACAGCGACGCGGAGAAGCCUCCGACCCCGGGACAACCCCUGGAUGCAGAGGACGGGAUGGAGGGCGACCACACAGAAGAGGAGCACGCUCCUGAAACCCGAAUUGAAGUCGAGAUCCCAAAAGUCAGCACAGACUUGGGAUCUGACCUUUAUUUUGUCAAGCUGCCAAACUUCUUGUCUGUGGAGCCCAGACCUUUUGAUCCUCAGUACUAUGAGGAUGAAUUUGAGGAUGAAGAGAUGCUGGACGAAGAGGGACGGACCAGGCUCAAGCUGAAGGUCGAGAAUACCAUUCGUUGGCGAGCCAAGAGAGACGAGGAGGGCAACGAAUCACGGGAAAGCAAUGCGCGCAUCGUCAAAUGGUCCGAUGGCAGCAUGUCCCUCCACCUAGGGAACGAGGUGUUUGAUGUUUACAAGGCUCCUCUCCAGGGAGACCACAACCACCUGUUCAUCAGACAGGGCACUGGACUGCAGGGACAGGCUGUGUUCAAAACCAAGCUCACCUUCAGGCCCCACUCCACAGACAGCGCCACCCACAGGAAGAUGACCUUGUCUCUGGCUGAUCGCUGCUCCAAGACACAGAAGAUCCGAAUCCUUCCCAUGGCGGGACGAGAUCCGGAGUCGCAUCGGAAUGAAAUGAUCAAGAAAGAGGAGGAGCGGCUGCGAGCUUCCAUUCGCAGAGAGUCCCAGCAGAGGAGGAUGAGGGAGAAGCAACACCAGAGAGGCCUGAGCAGCGGUUACCUGGAGCCCGACCGAUACGAUGACGAGGAGGAUGGCGAGGAAGCUGUCAGCCUGGCGGCCAUCAAGAGCACAUACAAGGGAGGAGGAGGCCUGAGAGAGGAGCGAGCAAGAAUCUAUUCAUCCAGUGAUGAAGGCUCUGAUGAUGACAAGGCCCAGAGGCUGAUGAAGGCCAAGAAGCUAGACAGCGACGAGGAGGGCGAAGGAUCAAGCAAGAGAAAGGCAGAAGAUGACGACGACGACGACGAGGAGCAGGAAGUAGCCACCAAGAAGGCCAAGAAAUAUGUCAUCAGCGACGAGGAGGAGGAGGAGGAGGAGGAAGUGGAGGAAGUGGAGGAGGAGGAGGAAGAGGGGGGGAAGGAGGAGGGGGAAGAGGAUGAUGAAUAACAAACUUUUCGCUACCUUUUUUUAUCAAUUCAACUUUAUUAUCAAUGCUCAGCCCACAUGGCAUAUAAACAAGCCAUAUUUUGUUUUUGUAUAUUUUCUUAAGACCUGGGUGAGUGCGAUUUGUGUAUUUGCUUGUUUAUGUAAUGUACAGAAAAGGGGGAGAAAUAAAAAAAAAAACAUUGUCUUAUGUAAGGAAAGUCCCUAAGGCGCCUUUUGUUAAUUUUUUGACCAGCAUUGGGACUCGUAUGCAUGACUCACAUUGCUGUCAAUGAAAUAUACUGCUUAGUCCGAUUUACAAUCAAAACCGAGGUUAAUAGAAUAAGUGCAGUAGUUUUUCCUGAGAAUAAAUUGGGUUUACCGAAUACAAGCAAAUGUGGCUUACUCACGUAACAAAACCCUGUACUGACAUUUGACCUUUGAGAAUGCAUGAGUGCGCAGAGAGUAGUGUGGGACCAAAUCUCAACCAUUAAAACAACCAACUAAACUCAGUGGACGGGAGAAGCCAGAGAACCAGGGAUCUGGGAGGAGUAACGCUGCCAGAGGCAACCGUCCUGCAGGCAGGGAACGGAAGGAGAGUUAUGGGAAUUAUAAAUACAACUUGGCAUUGGUGCCCACUUCAUUCUUUAAGUCGUCACCCUGCCUCUGCAAAUAGCCACAACUAGAAGGCGUAGCGGGUAAUACUGGUCAGUUGUCACACAAAUCCUUUAUUUGAUAGCUUUCCAAAAACAGCCGCUAUACAAAAUAACCACCACUUUGUCAAUUGCUGUUGAAUGGAUGCAGCACUGACUCCUUGUCUAUGACAUUAAGUCUGUAUGUGAAAUACUGAAAGAAAAUCGCCCCAGAGCCGACUCAGGGAGGCCCUUUACAGGCACUGUGGUGCUGUGAUCUGAAUGCCAACGUUAGCAUGCGGACAUUGUUGAGGUUAAGCAGGAACAAAGUUCGCUAUGUUCACUUUCUCGGUUCAGCUAGUGAGCUUAUCAGCACUUUGUGGUUGUUUGGGAACCAGAAGUAUCAGCACGGAAGGUCGUGUUAUGAGGCCGAUGGUGUAUAGAGUUUGCAGGUGUUUAGCUAACAGCUAAUGGGAUCGUUAUUUGUGUCCAGAAAGAGUGUUCAUUUUGAUUUGGGUAAGAUUGUACAUACAUAGCUGAUACACAGCUCAUUGGUGUUUAGACCGGUUCUUGGCUAAUUCUAGGUUGUGUUCAUUCAAUCACACAAUACAACAGUAACGUGCACUGUUUCUAGUUUAUUCAUUAUUUCCGAAUCAUAUUUAAAAAAUAAAUGCUACCAUUGUGGCCGUUUUGCGUUUCAGCCUAAACUUACUUCUAAAAAAAUAAAAAAUAAAUAAAGAAAAAUAAAGAAAAAAUCAUGUAGCAAAACAUGUGUGAAGUAUUUAGUACAAAUUGGUGAAAUGUCGAGGUGUGUCAGUGUUCCAGUUAGAACCAACCGAGGUCAGGUGAGGUAUUGGGACUUGAUCCCUUUUCAGCCACACAGUGAAAGUGGAAUGUGGAGAACAACAGGUUACUGAUUCAAGUUCAUCAACCAGAAUGACGCACAUAAUCUCUCUCACCCACACACCCCCACCCACAUGCACACGCACACAGCGGAUCACUGUAACAACCCUUGUGUCCGACCUCUCUCUCAGCCCCGUCUAGACAGAACUAGCUGUAGCUGCUGGAACAUAAAACACUGAGUUAGUGAUCAAGAGCUAGAAAGUACAUCAAUUCUCUCUCUUGACAAAUACCCCCCUCGUGGCCACAGACCACUGUUAGAAUAGUUAAAAGAGCCAAGGACUCCGUCGAUACUGUGCUACGCAGUAGAUGCUUGUUAUGUCAGGGCGGCAUAGAGUGUGUGGAAUCUGCUUGUCCUGGAAUGAGGUUGCUGUGCGACCUGAGCCCGGGGGGUGGGGGGGCACCAAUGUUCCCGGGACAGGGGUGUGUGUGCACAUGCUCGUACGUACAUACAUGCAUGAAUGCAUGCAUGCGGCCCACAGACCGACGCACGCUGAACUAUCUGAAGCACCUCCUGUAAAACGAUGUAGUGCCGGGAAAGGGGGACGGUGUUGAAGCGGCGCUGCGUUACCUCAGACUGCAGUGGGUUAUGUAAACCCAAUUCCACGCAGUAAGGAGUGGGGAAGGGAGGGGGCAAGAGGAGAGAAAGGAGGCACUGCUACACACAGUCAGCACUGACUGACGGGGGACGCAGCACAGGGGAGGGCUGCAGUAUUUCACCCCCUUGUUUUCUCCUCCCCCUCCGUGUAGGCUUUCUCGCUCUUUAUCACUCUUUUUUUUCCCCCCCACAGUUUUUCCACUCCGUGGCGUCACAUUUUCUGUGAAGGAAGCAAAGCAGAGAGGUUACGUUUGCUAUU